AUGGCGGCCACGCAGCCCGCGCCGCCGCAGGCGCACGCCAACUUCGACCUCGUGCGCCGCGUCGAGCUGCACUAUGCGCCGGGCAUGAGCGUCGAGAAGUGGCAGAGCCGCGUGACGGGCAUGACGGUGUAUUGGGCCAACUUCGACAGUCCGCUGCUGAACAGCUAUGCGACGAUGGCGUCUGAGAUCUUCGAGGACAGCGGCGUGCCGCACACGCUGGAGCACCUCAUCUUCCUUGGCUCCAAGAAGUACCCGUACAAGGGCGUGCUCGACAGCCUGGCCAACCGCGCGUUCGCCAGCGGCACCAAUGCAUGGACCGCCAACGACCACACGGCCUACACGCUCACGACGGCGGGUUCUGACGGCUUCCUCCGCAUGCUCGACAUCUACCUCGACCACACCUUCUUCCCGACGCUCACUGCCGCAGGCUUCACGACUGAGGUCUUCCACGUGAAUGGCAAGGGCGAGGACUCGGGCGUCGUCUUCUCGGAGAUGCAGGGCCGCGAGAACACGGCAGGUGACUUGAUGGAGCUCAAGAACCAGCGCAUGCUGUACCCGCGCAGCUCGGCUUACCGCUCCGAGACCGGCGGCCUGAUGUCUGCGCUGCGUGUGCUCAAGAUCCAGGACAUCCGCAAAUAUCACGCCACGUAUUACGCGCCGCACAACAUGGCGCUCGUCGUGUGCGGCCCGCUGGAGCGCGCCGCGCUGCUGGACUCACUGGCGCCGAUCGAGGAGCGGCUGCAGGCUGCCGGCUCGACGCAUGGCCCGCAGGGUCCGCAGGGCUGGAAGCGGCCGUUUGUUGAGACGCAGAGCAACGUUGCGCCCGUCAUUGACGGCGCGGCCGAGACGCCGGGCGUCGACCGCCCGGACCCGGAUCAGCCCGUCGAGAAGCGCCGGCGCCGCGCGUUCAUCGAGUUCCCGGAGAAGGACGAGAGCGUCGGCGAGGUGGCCGUGACGUGGGUCGGGCCGCAGUACCACGACUUCCUCACGAACGAGGCGCUCAGCGUGCUCAGCACGUACCUCAUCGACUCUGCUGUCUCACCGGUGCAGCAGGCCUUUGUCGAGCGCGACGAUCCGCUGUGCACCGACAUCUACAUGGCCAACGAGGACAAGGCGGGCCACACGACGCUGAGCGCCUACUUCUCCUCGGUGCCGACCGAGAAGCUGGACACGCUGGACCGCGAGCUCGUGACGCUGCUGGAGAAGAUCCGCAGCGAGGGCAUCGACAUGACGCGCAUCGCCCUCGUGCUCAAGCGCGACCGGCUGAAGCUGCUGGCCAGCCUCGAGACGAAGCCGGCCGACUCGUUUGCCGACGCCAUCAUCGCCGACAUGCUCUACGGCCGGCGCGACGGUGCCGACCUCGAGGCGGCGCUGGACGACAUGACGCGCUUCGACCAGCUGUCGGCCUGGAGUGCCGAGCAGUGGGCCGCGCUGCUCGACAAGUGGCUCAUCGGCAACUCGCGCAAUGUCGUCAUCGGACGGCCGUCGCGCUCGCUCGCCGCCAAGCUCAAGGCCGAGACCAAGGCUCUGGAGGAGUCUCGCCGCAAGGAGCUUGGCGAGAAGGGCCUCAAGCGCCUGGAUGAGGAGCUCGAGAAGGCAAAGGCGGAGAACGACCGCGACAUUCCGCCAGAGAUGCUGAACAGCUUUGCCGUGCCGAGCGUAGACAGCAUCAAGUGGAUCGAGGUCGGCACGGCCGUCAACGUGCCUGGCGGGGCCAGCAAGACGUCGCGAGCCGUCGCCGCCAUCAACGGCUCCGGCGGCGCUCCGUCCGCACUUGACCGUCGCGUGCAGGAGCAUGUCGAGAAGGACGGCGAGCCGCUGCCCUUUGCCAUCCAGUGGGACCACGUCAGCAGCGCGUUCUGCACCGUCACUGCCAUCUUCAGCACCGCAGCACUGCCGCCGCACCUGCGCGGCCACCUCAAUCUUUACCUCUCGGCGCUCUUCUCGCUGCCCAUCACGCGGCCCGACGGCACGAAGCUGGGCUUUGAGGCCGUGGUCAAGGGCCUGGACGAGGACACGCUCGGCUACGAGACGGGCCUGGGCGUCGGCAAUGGCUUCGCCGAGAUGCUGUCCGUCGAGAUCCGCGUCGAGCGGGAGAACUACGGCAAGGCAAUUGCCUGGCUGCGCGACCUACUGUGGGGCGCAGAGCUCUCCGUCGAGCGGCUUCGCGUCACUGCGGCUAAGCUCGUGCAGUCGCUGCCCGAGCAGAAGCGCGAUGGACGGUCGAUCUCCUGGUCGCUCUCCCGCGCUCUGACGCACUCGCUCGAGCUGUCGACGAACGUGGCGAACUCCGUGCUCUCGAGCCUGGAGACGAUUCCGAAGCUCGCUGAGCGUCUCGGUGCCGCUGAUGCGAGCACCAGCGACGCCGAAGCCGUCGUGCGCGAGCUCGACGAGAUCCGCAGCGUGCUCUUCCGACCCGAGCGCAUGCGCGUCAGCGUGACGGGCGACGUGCUCGGCCUCAAGCGGCCACGCAGCGACUGGGUCGACAACCUGCUGCGCGAGAAGAGCUGGCAGCCGGUGCAGACCGAGCCCGUGCCGUGGUCCAGCCAGGUGCUGACAGCACUUGGCAAGGAGCCAGCCAAGAAGGGUCUCAUCUGCCCGCUGCCUACGAUCGAGAGCUCGUACUCGGUCUUCACGGCCAAGGGCCUCAGCGGUUUUGAGCAGCCCGACACGGCCGCGCUCGUCGUGACCAUUGGCAUCCUGAACGCGAUGGAGUCGUACCUCUGGCGCUUCAUUCGCGGCGCUGGCCUGGCGUACGGCGCCAGCAUCCGCUCCGACACGGAGGCGGGGCACAUCCACUUCUCGCUCUACCGGUCGCCCGACUCGGCCAAGGCGUUCGCAGAGGCCAAGAAGGUCAUCGGCCAGCUUGCCGCCGGCACGAUGGCCAUCGACCAGACGACGCUCGACAGCGCCAAGAGCUCGCUGCAUUUCUCAGUCGCCGACUCGGAGGGCACGGUCGGCCAGGCAGCCGCCGAGAGCUUCGUCGACGUGCUCAAGGGCACGGGCAAGGGCCGCGGCCGCCGCCUGCUGGCGGACAUCGAGCACGUGCAGCUGGCCGAUGUGCAGGAGUCACUGAAGAAGUACAUCCUGCCAAUCUUCGACCCCGCCACGAGCGUGUGCGCCGUCGCAUGCGCGCCCGCUCGCACGGAGGAGAUCCAAACGGCCCUUACGCAGGUUGGCUACGAGAUGGAGCGGCGUGACCUCGACAUUGGCGCGGACAGCGACGCAAGCGGCAGUGAGAGCGGCAGCGGCAGCGAGAGCGGCAGUGAGAGCGAGGAGGAGAGCGAGGACGAGGGCGCCAAGGGCAAGCUGUGA